AGUUUAAAGGAAGAGAAAAAGUGGGUAUGGUCGUUGGAUCUGUUUUAGGCAUCACAUUUGUUUUGGUUAUAGUAUUUGCAUGCUAUAGAAAGAAGAUUAUGAAGAGAUAUCAUGGAGAAAGUUUGAUAAAAGGAAUUAGGGAAGAGGACAUGGACGUGGACUUGCCUAUUCUUGACAUUAAGACGAUUUACAUGGCCACUGAUGAUUUCUCAUACAUAAACUUUCUAGGAAGAGGAGGGUUUGGACCAGUUUACAAGGGUAAGUUAGAGGAUGGACAAGAGAUUGCAGUGAAGAGGUUAUGUGAAAACUCAGGACAAGGAGUGGUAGAAUUCAAGAAUGAAGUUAAACUAAUAGCAAAACUUCAACAUCGUAACCUUGUGAGGCUUUUAGGAUGUUGCAUUCAAGGUGAAGAACGUAUGUUGAUCUAUGAGUAUAUGCCUAACAAAAGCUUAGACUUCUUUAUCUUCGAUGAAAGGAGACGUAGAGAGUUAGAUUGGAAGAAGAGGAGUAACAUUAUCUAUGGAAUUGCACGAGGGCUUCUUUAUCUUCAUCAAGAUUCGAGGUUGAGGAUCAUACAUAGAGAUCUAAAAGCUGGAAAUGUUUUACUAGAUAAUGAUAUGAACCCUAAGAUCUCAGAUUUUGGACUAGCCAAAUCUUUUGGUGGAGAUCAGAGUGAAUCAAGCACAAACAGAGUCGUGGGUACAUAUGGUUAUAUGCCUCCGGAGUAUGCAAUUGAUGGACACUUCUCAGUGAAAUCCGAUGUGUUCAGCUUUGGUGUAUUAGUACUUGAGAUCAUAACCGGCAAGACUAACCGUGGGUUUCAUCAUGCAGAUCAUGAUCUUAACCUUCUUGGACACGUGUGGAAACUGUGGGUUGAAGACAGAGCAAUAGAAGUACCAGAGGAAGAUUUGCUGGAAGAGACAUGUGUUGUCUCCGAGAUUCUAAGAUGCAUCCAUGUGGCUUUGCUUUGUGUUCAACAGAAACCAGAAGACAGACCAAACAUGGCUUCUGUUGUGUUGAUGUUUGGGAGUGAUGGUUCUCUCCCUGAUCCAAAACAACCAGGCUUUUUCACUAACCGGAACGUUCCAGAUGUUUCUUCAUCUCUAAGUCGUUCGGUAAACCUAGUUUCCAUUACAAUGAUACAAGGUCGUUAGAAGAAAUAAAGAUCAUGUAUAAACUAUGCUUGGUAAAAUGUAGUGUAAUAAUAAUAUUUCACCAAAGACAAAACAAAACGCAAAAACAGUUUUUUUUUU